AUGGCUGAAAAUCGUUCUCAUUCACCUUCUGGAAACCCCGAGAACAAUUCUCACCCACCAAGUGAGAACCUCGUGAACGGUAUCUCGACGUCGGCUGAGAACACUCAAGCUCCCAAUAGUCCGGCCCGUGAAGACGACUAUGACACUGAACUUGAAUUCGAUGAGGAGGCCUUCAGACAGCUUUAUCUGGAAGAAGUGGCUCGACAAUGGAAUGCACGAUAUAGACUGCUUCACAGGAAUGAUCAUCUUCCUAAUGGACACGAUGAUGCAUCGGAACGUCCUCUUACACAUCGUAUCAUCUUGCGUGACGACCUCGAGCUGCUGGAACCGUACUACGGGAUAGAUCCAAAUUGGCUUGAAUUUGAAGGUGGACCCUACAAUUAUGAGGAAGACCUGCCUAACAUAGAGAAUGAUCUUUUGGUUUAUGGCGACAUUCAGAACGAGAAUCCACAGCAUGAUGAGGUAGAGGAUGACUCCGGUGUGGCCACAAUGGAGAAUGUCACCGCCGCAGCCACAGCGGAAGCAUCGGGAUCUGAGGUAACAUUUUUAUUGCUCUGUUUCCGCUGA